CGUCAUUGGCUCGUGCAGCGCACGCCACUGAUCCUGCGGUAAAGAUGGCGGCCGCGGAGGGGGCUCGCAGCGGCUGGAGCAGAACGGAACGACCCCAAACGGGUCUGCUUUGAGAGAAACACCACUGGAGCGCAGGAGGAUCGUACAUUCCCGUUGAACAGAGCCGCAUACCGGGUGCCGUUUAGCAGAACUGAACGAUUAGAUUGUGGUUGUUCGCUGUUAGGUGGUGGGUGGGUUCUCUCGCUCUCUCCCUCAUACACACACAGAGAUAGCUAAGCUAAGCUAACGGAGCUCGGUCCGGUCCGGUGGAGGAGGUGGAAGAGGGGAGGAGAGUGACCGAAAACGGCAAGACUAUCAUCCCGAGCAGAACAGGCCGUAGUCCUGCCGUUCGUCCGUUGUGGGAUGUGAACGGUCCAAACGGACGGCGGGUCUUUCCACGGAUCUGUGUUAUUUUCCCACCCAGAACACUCGUAGGAUGGGACAACAGGUAGGCCGCGUGGGAGAAGGGGCUUCCUCGGGGAUCCAGACCCAACCGCAGUCGCAACAGCAGCAGGGCAGGUCGAACCGGGCCAGCAGCUCCGGGAGGAGACCCAGAGACGGCGGCGGCGGCGGCAGCAGCACUCUCACCCUCACCGGGACUCCACCAGGCAGAAGUGCCGCUGCUGCAGUGAACAUCAUGCCGGACCCGGGGAUCAAUGUUUUCACCCUACACUCAGAAGCCCUGCACAGGCCGUUUGGACUGGACUCGACGGCGCUGACGGAGGCGGUGCGCUGGAGCUCCAAGGAGAAUCUGCUGGGUGCUGCUGAAAGUGACCCCAACCUUUUUGUGGCACUUUACGACUUUGUUGCCAGUGGUGACAACACACUAAGCAUCACGAAAGGAGAGAAGCUGCGAGUGUUGGGUUAUAACCAGAAUGGAGAAUGGAGUGAAGUCCGCUCAAAGAACGGCCAGGGCUGGGUACCCAGUAACUACAUCACCCCCGUAAACAGUCUGGAGAAGCACAGCUGGUACCAUGGGCCCGUGUCCCGCAGCGCUGCCGAGUACCUGCUCAGUAGCUUGAUCAACGGCAGCUUCCUGGUGCGGGAAAGCGAGAGCAGCCCCGGCCAGCUCUCCAUCUCUCUUCGCUAUGAGGGACGGGUCUAUCAUUACCGCAUCAACACGGCCUCUGAUGGAAAGGUCUAUGUGACAGCAGAGAGUCGUUUCAGCACGUUAGCUGAGCUGGUUCAUCAUCAUUCCACAGUUGCGGAUGGACUGGUAACCACUCUGCAUUAUCCUGCUCCCAAAUGCAACAAGCCCACCGUCUACGGCGUCUCUCCCAUCCACGACAAGUGGGAGAUGGAGCGCACCGACAUCACCAUGAAGCACAAAUUGGGUGGAGGACAGUACGGAGAGGUGUACGUUGGAGUUUGGAAAAAGUACAACCUCACUGUAGCUGUAAAAACACUAAAGGAGGACACCAUGGAGGUUGAGGAGUUUCUUAAGGAGGCCUCAGUCAUGAAGGAGGUCAAACAUCCCAAUCUAGUACAGUUACUGGGUGUGUGUACUUUGGAGCCUCCCUUCUACAUUGUGACCGAGUACAUGCCCCAUGGGAACCUGCUGGAUUACCUGCGUGAGUGUGAAAGGGACCAGGUGAAUGCUGUGGUGCUGCUCUACAUGGCCACUCAGAUCUCCUCCGCCAUGGAGUAUCUGGAGAAGAAGAACUUCAUCCAUAGGGACCUGGCAGCUCGUAAUUGUCUAGUAGGAGAGAAUCACGUGGUGAAGGUGGCUGAUUUCGGACUGAGCCGUCUGAUGACGGGUGACACCUACACAGCUCAUGCGGGAGCCAAAUUCCCCAUCAAAUGGACCGCACCAGAGAGUCUGGCCUACAACACCUUCUCCAUCAAAUCAGAUGUGUGGGCAUUUGGAGUUUUGCUUUGGGAGAUUGCGACGUACGGCAUGUCUCCAUAUCCAGGAAUUGACCUGUCUCAGGUAUAUGAUCUGCUGGAGAAGGGCUACCGCAUGGAGCAGCCCGAAGGCUGUCCUCCUAAAGUCUACGAGCUCAUGAGAGCCUGCUGGCAGUGGAGUCCACUGGAUAGACCCUCAUUUGCUGAGAUUCAUCAGGCCUUUGAAACCAUGUUUCAUGACUCAAGCAUUUCAGAAGAGGUAGCUGAAGAGCUGUGUAAAACUGCGUCUGGUGGGCAGAGUGGAGUUGCCCACACCUUCGGCCCUGAUAUGCCACUCUUGCCCUCAAAGUCUCGUGGGCAGAAGAAACACUCAGAGAACAAAGAGAAUAUGGAGGAGGCAGGACCCCACGGCCCUGCAGGUCUUGCAACAUCCCUUUUUGUUGGUGAUGGCCGCUCUAGCAGCUCUCCAGCCUUGCCUCGUAAACAGCGGGAUAAGUCUCCCUCUAGCCUGCUGGAGGACUGCCAGGACACCACCUUCACCCGUGAUCGGAAGGCUGGCUUCUUCAGUUCAUUCAUGAAGAAGAAGUCCAUGUCCUCCUCUUCUGCUACAUCCUCACCUCAGCAGCAGCAGAACCUCCCAAUGCCUCCCAAGAGGAGCAGCUCUUUCAGGGAGAUGGAGACCCAGCCCCAUAAAAAGUAUGAGCCCACGGCUGGGUUUUCAGGUCCUCCUCCUCCUCUGCCUCAGACUGAUGGAUUGAGUUUCUCUCCAUCUCACGGAGAGGGAAAUCAUGUGCAGUCCCGCUGUUGUGGGGCCACAUUUGGGCAAAAGCCUUCAAGUUCAAACUCUGGAGCAACUUCUGGUCAAGUGGGAAGCAGCAGUAGCUGGGGAAGCCUAGCGGGCUUUUUCACCCCUCGCCUUAUUAAAAAAACUCUAGGAUUGCGGACUGGUAAGUCUUCUGGAAUAGACGAAGUGAGUGGAGCCAAGCCAUUCCCUCGCUCCAACUCAACAUCCUCUAUGUCUGCUGGGUUGCCAGAUUUAGAACGCAUGGCAUUGACGUUACCAAGAAACCGUAGCAAACCUCCACUAGAACGCACAUCUUCUACCACCUCACAACCGGAAAAUGGGGCAACACGACCUUCAGAUGCAAUCCUGAGAAAGCUUGACGAAGGUACAGCUCAGAUACGGGAUCGUCCCAAAGCCAAACUCUUGCCACGAGGGGUCGCAGGUGGAGUUAGGGCACCAGGUGUAGGGGGAGAGGCAGAAUCGGACUCAAACACAAGGGGGAAAGAUGGGCAAGAUGACAGGCAAGGCUGGUCAUCUCCAUCCAAAACCUCUACCCUUGGUUCUGUCAAUCUGCAUAACCACAAAGUUCCAGUGCUGAUCUCCCCGACUUUAAAGCACAGCUCGGGUGAUGCACACCUAGUCGGCGUGGACUCUCAGGGCAACCGCUUCAAACUACUGUCCGAUAGUGGGGAUCGUGACCGACCACGUCUGGUGAAGCCAAAAUGUGCACCUCCCCCACCGCCCAUGCUACGCUCCCUCCAACACGCCUACAGUGCCGAUGCAGCUGACGAAGUGGUCAGUGGGAACAUGGAGGUCAAUGGAGAUACCAUCAAAAGGUCGGGAAGAGAAGUCAGGGGAGCACGUCCGUCAAUACCACCACCACAAGUGCCUCCAGCCCCUGUAGUUCCCUCGAGUAACAACACCACCCAAACCAAGUUGGCUAAUGGUGCUUCAAGUGGCGGACCAGGCCCUACUUCAGCUAAACCCACUCUUAGACGGACUCGGCAGCAGACAGAAAGGAUCCCUCUUGAGAAGAUCAGUAAGGAAGCUCUUCUGGAAUGUGCUGAAUGUUUGAGUAGUGCUCUUCAAGGUAACUCCGAGCUUUCGUCCAGCAGCCAGGUCCUGGAUGUGGGACACCAACUUUUGGACUACUGCUCGGGGUAUGUUGAUUGCAUCCCACAGACACGUAAUAAGUUUGCCUUUCGAGAGGCUGUAGGGAAACUGGAGUUGAGUCUACAGGAGCUGCGCGCUUGCUCUACGGGUGGGGGAGUGGGACUUAGUGGACCUGGGACCAGCCCAGCUCUUGACAACUUGCACAUGUGCAUUAAAGAGAUCAGUGAUGUUGUUCAAAGGUAGCCACUGUGUUUACCUGUAGCUACACCUUCCAAAACUCCUCCUCCUCCUGUACCCCUUGAGACUUUCUUUUUUUUAACCUCCCAAAAUCAAUCUAGUUUUAUUUAAAUGUUGGGGGCAGAGAACAUUCUCUAAGAAGUACCUCAGAAAAAUACUACAAACACACUCGCUCUAUCUCUUUAUUGUUUACAGGUGACUUCCUCCUUGAAAUUGCCAGUUGGGAACAGAGUUUUUUUUGUAUAUAAGCUUUUUGUCACAACCAAAAUACAAUUUUGUUUUUGACAAAAUUUUCUUUUUAAUCAAUAUUUGCAGUUUUAUCUUGAUAUGAGAGAAUCAGUUUUUACAAAAAGACUGGGGUUACACAGGUUUGGGUCAGCCAACUGCACCAUAACUGGUCUACUUAAUGGUCCAUUUUGUUAUGUUAAAGAUUUCAAUUCAAUUUUUGGAUAUUCAGUGCACAUUUAAACAAAUUACAUUGCAUCAAAAUGUCAGUGGAAACAUACAAAUGCCCACAAUUAAGAAAUCAUUCAUGGCUUUGUUAUAAUAUUGCUAGUUUAAAAGAAACACUGUGGAAUGCAGCAAACACAGCCAAUCCAAUGCACAUCUCAUUUUAGCCAUUACAUGUGCAUCUCUCUACAUCCCAUACUGUCAUUUUUAAUUUGAUCACAUUUGUUGAACAAUCCAGCUUUUGAUAUCCCUUGACAGUUUUAUAGAUCUUUUUGUAACUGGUCCUUAUUUCGACAUGGUCCAUGUGUUAUUGUUGCUCAUAGUGGUUUGUGUGGCGUAGUUGAAAUGGUGUUGGGUCUGUCACCACAUGGAUCCUAUUUGGCCUUCUAUAUCCGUGGCCUUUCAAUAAUGCCCCCAUCAGCCAGAUGGCACAAAACUACAUUCAGUCUCUCGAGUUCUCAAGAAUUCUCAACUUUUAUUGAUUUGCUAUGGGGGAAUUAUGAUUUGUGGAAAGGAAUUUAUUUUGGGAUGUGAAUAGUGUGCCAACAUUAGCAGCAACACUACAUACACAAGUAUUGCCAAGUCUUUUAACACAAACUGCAAUUGCUUUAGCACAUUGAUUUGUAAAUUUAUUUUGAUUUCACUUUAUAAUGUCGCCAUUUGUAAACUUGAAUUUUAAAUUAUUUUUAUUCAAAGCACAGGCAUUUUUAUGAUAUUGUAGAUAUUAUUUGAUACCCACGAACAGGCUGUGGAAGGUCAUGCUCACUUGUGUCCUUGUGGUGAGAUUUUGGUGUCAGGGUCACCAUCUCUGCAUCUGCAUUAUGAAUGUAUUCAUUUGUUAAAAACAGGAAUGUUGUUUUGUGUGUGUGUGUGUGUUUGUGUGUGUGACUGCGUGUGUGUGAUUGCGUUUAAUUUUUCAGUCUUUUCUCAAAUAGAAACAAUUAAAAGAGAGAUUUCUUCAGGACACAAAUGGUUACACAUUUUCUGAGUCUUCAUAAAAAUAAUAGAUUUCUAUCAGAAUUUGCAUAAAUGAGAUUUUUGUGGGUACCCUGCAAUGUCAAUGUUGAAAUGUAAAGAGAAAGAUUUGUACCGAUUACACUGGAGCACAUUUUUAAACAUAAAUGUUUAUUGCCUUGCCUUAAUUCACUAUCUAGGGUAUGAAAUAUGGAAUUAAUAAAGGAAGAAAUAUUUUCCCCCUUC